AUGGUUUUAGUGAAGCAGAUGUGGUUAUUUUCCCAAAGUGCUCCUAUUGUUUUGGACAUCACUCCUUACCAUGGUAGCGUCAAUGGAGCAACCAGGCUGACUAUUAAAGGAAAAGGUUUCUUGGGAGAAAGGCCAUUUGACUACACAGGAGGAAAUGGACAACUGGGCAAUAAGGUGCAGCUCCUAUCAGAAUCCAGGUCCAUCCCCUGUGACGUAGAGAAAGAUUCCAGCCACGAAACACAGAUUAUUUGCUACACCAGACCACUACCAAAAGACAGCUAUCAGGUUGUAGUGAGCGUAGACGGGGUUCCGAUUAAUGCCAACAAGACGAUGGUUUUUAAAUCAGAAGACCAUUACACGCCAACCAUUGAGAGGAUUUCACCCUUAUCUGGAUUAUCAGGUCAACUCAUUAACAUCUCUGGAGAUAUUUUUACUGAUAUUUAUGGCAGUAACAAACCGAUAGACUCCAAUCUCAGAAAAACCAGGAUUUUGAGGGUCUACGCUGGUGGAAUGCUUUGUGAGCUCCUUCAACCUGAUUCAGAUACGUUGUACGGUUUGAAACUUGACAAUGUGUACAGUGACAGUGGCAUGAUGACUUGUAAAGUGACUGGAACAUAUGUUGGUCACCACAAUGUGAGUUUUAUUUUGGACAAUGGCCAUGGAAGGUCUUUGCCCAAUCUGAACACUUACUUCAUUUCUUCCCUCAAUAAACUCAGCAUGUUCCAAACCUACGCAGAGGUGACUGGGAUCUAUCCGUCUGAAGGGAGUGUGGAAGGAGGAACCCUCCUGACUGUGACUGGCCGAUUCUUUGAUGAAACAGAUGCCCCUGCCAGGGUUACUGUAGGAGGUCAGAACUGUGAGGUUCUAAGUGUCAGCUCAACUCAGAUAAUCUGUCAGACCCCAAAGGAAGCCAAUCAUCUCAGAACAGUUUUUCCAGGAGGAAGAGGAUUGAAGAUAGAAACAUGGCAAGGUGGCAAUCUGGAUAAUUUACCAGACUACGAUGAAAAUACUCCAGGGUAUUCAGUGUCUUGGACUGAUGAGGCUUUAGUUCCAGCCUCCACAUCACAUAGUCCAUCUGUAACACGCUUAAGUGGAUUCUUUGUUGCUCCAGAGACUGACAAUUACCAUUUCUAUAUCAAGCAGAAUGGUUCAUUCCAACUUUCAUUCAGUUUAACUGGGAUCCCUCAGGACAAGGUGAACAUUGCUUAUAAGUCUCAGAAUCUCCGGAGAUAUGGUAAUCAAAAAUUUGACACUAUGCAGCUUCAGAAAGGGAAAGAAUAUUAUAUUGAAUUGGUGCUGCAGGAAGCCACCAGUUCCUCCUUUAGUAUUGGUAUGUACAGGGAGAACAUCUCCUACACGGAACAACAGACAGCAGACUCUAUGUUGACUUUGGAGAACUGGAAUACGGGAAGUGCAGUCAACGAGGUUCAGAAAAUCAUCAUCAGCAAAUCAUGUCAAAAAACCAGUACCUGUUCAUACAUUUGGUACAGUCUCAUCUAUAAUCAAGUGCACACAGUCCUUAUUCCUAUGGAUGCUAAUGCUGCAAAAGUUCAACAAGCUUUAAAUGAUCUGUGGACAAUUAAACCAGAUAAGGUUCACGUGUCAAGAAAAUCAACCAACAAAAACAUUAUCUAUGAAGUGACCUUCAUAUCCACACGAGGAGAUUUUGAUUUACUUCAAUAUGAGGUCCUGAGUGGAUAUCAUGUCACCAUGAAAGUGGUGGAAAAAACUAAAGGGAAGCCCAAAAUGGAUACAUUUACACUGAUGCUGGAUGGGAUCAGCUCAAGACCUGUUUCACAUACAGCAAGUGUUACUGAGGUCAAAGCUGCUUUAGAAGGAAUGUUGGAUGUAAAAUGUCCAGAUCACAUAGUCAACCACAGGGAGGGAUACGCAGUCUAUUAUUUCAACAAUUUUGAAGAUGACUUAUCCAAGAAGCCUACAGUGCAGAAUCAAGAUGGUAUUGUUAUUUUGAAUUUCAAAUCUGAGCGAGAUGUACCAAUAGUAGUUUACCCUCCAUUGUUUGACAAAGGAAUUCUUAUUGAGGAGUUCCUAGUUACUGAAGGAGGAAUUAAAAAAGAUGGUGUGCACAGUCAGUAUGAAGUAACUAUGGUUACCAUCGACUGUGGCUGCAACAUUCCGUUGCUAGAGAUUGCCUUUGCUCAGACUUUGCCUAAUGGUACAAAGGAUGAGAUGGCUUACAGAGGGAGCACUUGGCCUGAGGGGGCAGUACUAAGAGUUUGGAGAACACAAGCAGCAUCUCCUCCAAUCUCUGGUACCUUGGAUAUUGAGUACUUUGGGAAAACCUUGAAAGAUUUGCCAGUUAAUGCUACAGCCCUGGAAAUGCAAUACGCCUUACAAACCAUCUCUGAGAUUGGGACAGUUUCUGUAAUGAAAUCAGGCAACUGUUCUGCCACCGAGUGGACAGUGAAAUGGCUCAGCAAGCCGGGCAAUCAGCCCACGUUAAAGAUUAAUGAUACGAAUGUCAUUGGAGUCAAUGCAACAGUAAAGGUUAAUAAUAAGCAGCAAGGAGGGCUGUUUAGUGAACAUCUGAUCGGCGAUCUGUUUCGGACACCACACACACAGCCUCAGGUAGAGGUUUUCAUCAACGGUAUUCCCAGUAACUGUUCCGGGAAUUGUGGAUAUAAAUGGAAUGCUGAGAAAACCCCUGUCAUUACACUCAUUACCCCAACAACAGGAUCCAGGUCCGGUGGGACUGUUCUGACCAUAACAGGUUUCAGAUUCGUCAACAGUUCGAUGACUGAUACCACUUGGGUUUCGAUUGGAGGUACCCAUUGUCCAAUCACAGGAUUAACUGAUACCGAAAUAACCUGUAUGAUUGGAGUUGCCAGUAAUACAUCAUCUCCUCUCACUGUUUACAUCGCUGGACUUGGCUUUGCAAACUAUUCCAGCAACCAGACAUACACGUUUAUGUUUCAGUUUGAGGCAACAAGCAUAUAUCCAUCCAUUGGCAGCACUGAAGGAGGGACAAUUCUGACCAUAUCUGGUUAUGGAUUUGUUCCUAAUUCAAUGGUUUUAAUUGGAGGGAAGACCUGCCUUCAGCUUACAGAAAGUCCUGUCAAGAUGAAAUGCAGAACUCCAGGGGCCCCACCUGGGAUGUAUAACAUCUCAGUGAUUGCUGCUGGAAUAUCCAACUUAGUUCCUUUCUCCUUCAUUUACAUUGAUGCAAAGAUCCCAGUAAUCUCAGAAGUGAUUCCAAGAACAAGCAGUGUGGCAGGUGGUUCCAAUCUGACAAUCUAUGGAUCGGAUUUUGGCAACAAAUCUGAAGAUAGUUUUGUAGUUAUUGGGAACUCUGAGUGUGCAAUUCUUCGAUGGUCGACCAACAACAUCACGUGUUGUCUGCCCAGCCUCCCUCCGGCGAAUUACAGUAUCUAUGUACAAACUCGUGUUGGCAAAUCUCUAAAUGCUUCAGUCGAGUAUGUCUUGCGAGUGACCGAAGUGACUCCUCAGCAGGGCUCAUUGUAUGGAGGCACGAAAAUCACCAUUUCUGGAUUUGGUUUCAGUCCCGUCCCAGAGGACAACAUUGUUCAAAUUGCACUUGGAGUGGGGUAUGAGUGGAAUCCUUCAAGUCUGGACAUCAUUGUUGGGGAUACAGUACAAUGGCAGUGGCAGUCCCCACCUUUACUUCAACAUUUGAGAUACAGAGUCUUCAGUGUCUCCAAGCCCAGUGAUGUAAACUACAAAGGCAGUGGGUUUAUUAGUGACAAUAUGAGCACUACAAAAGGUUCAUUCUCUCAUCAUUUUACCUCCCCCGGGACUUAUUACUACAGCAGUGGUUAUGUGGACCAGAAGCAAAGUGUUGUCCUCCAAGGGAUGGUGAAUGUGAAACCAGCUGAGGAAAGCGUCAAAGGCGUACAUAUUUAUUUGGCAGGGAUUGAAGCAGAAUAUGUACCAGGGCCUUCUGAGAAACUGCCUUCACGACAAAAACGUAAUAGUGACUGUACAGCACCGAUCCCCACAUGUAACCAGGCAUUGAACAGGACUGAUGACAAAAGCUUCACAUUCUACCUGUCUACCUGCUACUCCCCCACAAUCAACAGCAUCACACCCUCAAAAGGAACAGUGAAGGACAAACUAACCAUUACCGGUACUGGAUUCAGUAAAAUCGGCUGUGCAAAUGAGGUGAGAGUUGGAGCACAUCCAUGUGUCGUUGAAAGUAGCACGGAGAAUGAACUUCUAUGUCAGAUAGAUCCUGAGGGAGUGAUGGAUAGUGGCAUUGCAGCUCUGGUGUCCGUGACAGUCCAUAACCUCGGCACAGCUAUCAAUACAGUAACCAAUGAAUUGAGUCGUCGUUUUGUGCUGCUUCCUCACAUUGAUGACGUUAGCCCCAGUGUUGGGUCCACAAUGGGAAAGACCAGAGUAACCAUCACUGGGUCAGGAUUUGGAGCUGACCUGAGCGCUGUCAGGGUCCAGUUAGCCAACGGGCUUUGCACUCUGGUUUCUGCAAACUACACACAUGUCAUCUGCGACUCUUCAGCUUCUAUUGCCUAUACUGGGAUUGUCACACUUUCUGUCCAUGACAUCCCAGCUGUGUGUAAUGGCACCUGUGUCUAUUCCUACACAGAGAGUGCAGCACCAAUCAUUGAGAAUGUGUCUUCAACACUCCUGACUACAGUUUACACAGAGCUUACUAUAAGUGGCAGUGGAUUUGGGAACAGUGUAGAUGAGGCUUUCGUCCUUAUAGGAAAUGCCAGUUUUGUUCCAAAUGAUGUGUCAGACAGCAGCAUGAACUGCAGAGUAGGCGCUUUGCCUGUUGGCAAACACACACUCAUGGUUUUAACGUUGAAUAAGGGUCUGUCACUAAGAGGGAUUUCCAUCACCAGUGCUGCCAGAGCUUCCCUCUCUCCAGCAUCAGGAGGUAUCCAUGGUGGUACCACAUUGUUAAUAACAGGAAAUGGCUUUAUCCAGGAUGAAACCAUUGUGAUGGUUCACAGAUCUCCAUGCCACCUUCUUUCGGUCACCCCAGGUGAAGUUAAGUGCAUCACUCCUGCUGGUCCCCCAGGCACUGUCGAUGUAAGGAUUAUUGUUCGUUCUACAACGUAUCCUGUCCUUAACUUUACCUACAACCAAACAGAGACUCCGGAAGUUCUAGCUGUAUCUCCAGUAACAGGUGUAAGUGAAUCAACAAUCACCAUCGUUGGGUCUCGAUUUGGAUCUUCUGCCUCUGACAUCACUGUCUCAAUAGACAAUGUCUUGUGUAAAGUGACCAUGAUGAAUGACAGUUGUGUUCAGUGCAUUGUGGGAUAUCAUGCUGGUGGCACAUUCCCUAUUUUUCUGAAACACGAGAGGUGGGGAUACACAUCGUCUGAUCUGUCCUUUCAAUACGAACUCAAUAUAAACAGUAUCUUUCCAACUGAAGGAAGCUUUGGUGGUGGCACAUUGCUAACAAUAAGAGGCAUUGGAUUUGACCAACAAAAAUCCAAAGUGUUUGUGUGUGAUGGUGAAUGCAAAAAGAUGCCAUCAGCCUCCACUUCCAGAACUCUGUACUGUCAGGUGCCAUUGCAUAAUGGUACUGAUCCUGAGCUGGCAUGUGAUGUGGUUGUUGUAAACGGUAAUGAUUCAAGCAAAGUGUCCAAUGGCUUCACCUACCUAUUAGCUUUGACCCCCGUAAUUACAACCAUUAACCCCAGGAGAGGAGGAACUGGGGGAGGCACCAAGCUGACCAUAACAGGGUCAGGUUUCAGUUCAGACAUAAGUGAGAAUAAUGUCAUUAUAGCUGAAACUCCCUGUGAGAUACAGUCUGUGAAUGAAACCAACAUUGUGUGUGUUACCAGCGCACAUUUUCCAUCUCAACAAACUAAAGUUAUCGUGAGCGUACGGGGAAAUGGCAUCGCCAAGCUGGACAAUGCAGAUUUCAACUACAUUGACAUCUGGUCCUCACGUUACACAUGGGGAGGUGACCCACCUCCUGAGGCAGGCUCACUUGUCAUUAUCAGCAAAGGGCAGACUAUACUCCUGGACCAAAGUACCCCUGUCCUGAAGAUGCUUGUCAUUCAAGGUGGAACCCUUGUGUUCGAUGAAGCUGACAUUGAGCUUCAAACAGAAAACAUUCUCAUCACAGAUGGAGGAGUGUUCCAGAUUGGAACAGAGUCCGCCCCAUUCAAGCACAAGGCAAUAAUCACACUGCAUGGUCACCUCCGGGCAAAGGAAUUGCCCCUGUAUGGAGCCAAGACACUGGCUGUUCGAGAGGGAACCCUGGACCUUCAUGGCCUUCCUGUUCCUGUAGUUUGGACUCAUUUAGCUCAGACUGCCGAAGCAGGCUCCUCCAAUCUCACUUUACAAAAAGCUGUGACGUGGAAACCAGGGGAUAAGAUCGUCAUUGCAUCAACCGGUGACAGCCACAGCCAGAGAGAAAAUGAGGUCAGGAUUAUAGAGGCUGUCUCAGAUGAUGGGCGGAUCCUGUACCUAACUGAGCCACUCUUGUAUCAGCACCUGGGGGUAUCAAUCCCCCUGCCUGACGGCGUUGUGUUUGAAGCCAGAGCAGAAGUGGGUUUACUGACCCAUAAUAUUGUUGUUCGAGGCUCAAAUCAAGUUGAGUGGAAUGAUCGAAUCGAAGCAUGUCCUGAGGGGUUUGACAUAGGUGAAUUUGCCACACAGACUUGUUUCCAGGGACGUUUUGGUGAAGAAAUUGGGAGUGACCAGUUUGGGGGCUGCAUCAUGUUCCACAAUCCACAACCCAGCAAGGAUCUUGUAGUGGGGAGAAUUGAAUACGUUGAGAUAUAUCAUGCGGGACAAGCCUUCCAUUUGGGACGCUACCCAAUCCACUGGCACCUUAUGGGAGACCUGAGAUAUAAGUCAUAUGUGCGAGGCUGUGCGAUACACCAAACAUUUAACAGGGCUGUGACUAUCCAUGGUACACACCACCUCCUGGUGGAGGGCAAUGUGGCCUACAACAUCAUGGGAGGAGCGUUCUUCAUUGAGGAUGGCAUUGAACAAGGCAAUGUGCUGCAGUACAACCUGGCAGUCAUGGUGCGGCAAAGCACCAGCCUCCUGAAUGAUGACCUCACCCCUGCAGCAUUCUGGGUGACCAAUCCCUCGAACACGAUCAGACAUAACGCUGCUGCAGGGGGUACACACUUUGGCUUCUGGUACCGUCUCCUGGAGCACCCUGAUGGACCUUCCUACACACCAGAUGUCUGCCCACGCAACCUACCCCUCGGUCAGUUCUUAAACAACACUGCGCAUUCCCAGGGCUGGUACGGACUGUGGAUUUUCGAAGCUUAUCACCCACAGAAAGGGGGUCAGUGCAACUCCCUGAUCGCAGAACCAGCCAGAUUCGAUUCGCUGAUCUCAUGGAACUGUGAGAAAGGGGCAGAGUGGAUGGAAGGUGGUGCUCUCCAAUUCCAUAACUUUGUGAUGGUCAACAAUGUGAAGGCUGGCAUAGAUAUCAAAAAGAUCGAGCGCUCCUAUGUAAGUGAAUGGGGAGAGGCCAUGGGAGCAAUGAUCAAGAAUGCGACAAUUGUAGGUCACGCUGAGGAACUUGAUUUUAACACCAUCAAUUGCACCAGGAACGGCAUUGCUCUGCCACUUUCUGAAGGGUUGACAGUAUCAACAGUAAGGUUCGUAAACUUUGACCGGCCAAACUGCACAGCAAUAGCCCUGACUGAGGUGAACUGGCUUGCAAGCAUACAAAGUGACAGUUGGAACGUGAGAUUCAGUGACGUUCAGUAUUUUAGCACAACCAACAAGGGCGCCUUCUCCUCUGAGAACGAUAUUGUCCUCCAUGAUCUGGAUGGAUCUCUCACAGGUAUCCCUGGUAACAAGGUGCUUCCGUACAGCUCACUUUUGGAUCCGACUCGAUGUCACCCAUCAGCAGAGUGGAGCCGUAUGUACCCCGGUGUUGUGUGUGAUGCCACCGUUACCAUCCAUCGCUUGGCUUUGUCUCAGCCUUCACCACUUGCAUUGAGAGAGAAGGAACUCAUCCUGUCAAAUUCUCACGGAAACAGUGUCAUCCAAUAUAGGUCCAAGAGUAACAUAAGACUCUGUGGUUGGGUGGCUCUUAUUCCAAACAAUGAGAUCUUAAACUUGCACUUCAAGGAUAUCAACUAUAUCACCAAUAUCUCUUACAAGGCCACAUUCCAUCACUUCAAGGACAAUGAUUCAAUUGUAAUAUCCCAUAAAUUCAUCCAUCAACCAGACUAUUUCAAGAUCAUGAAUCCAGUUCGGAAUAAUUCACUCCAACCUCUCAGUUGGGCCAGCAACCAGAAUGGCGAUUGGUACUUCGACCAGGAGAAUUUGACCCUGUAUUAUCUGAGAAGGGGAGUUUCAGAGCGACCCAGCUUUCACUCAAACCUCGACCCAACAAUGGUUGACAUCGAUGCUCGGUUUCAAGUAUUCCGCUGCUUUCACAAGAACUGUGACCCACCUUCCAGAGACUCAGAGAUCAAUGCCUCUAAUUAUGUAAUUUGGUCAAACUCAUCAUUCUGGGAAUCAAGGCCAGAAUCCAAUAACACCGUUCCCACUGAAGGUAGCAGUGUGGUGAUCGAACAAGGAAUAUGGAUAGUGGUGGAUAGCCCAAUUCCUCCACUCUAUAAUCUUACCAUCCUUGGUACCUUAGAAAUUAGGGAUGACAACUUAAAGUCAGUUAAUCGUUCAUCAUCCUAUACAAGAAUCGUCCUGAAUGCAACAUACAUUUCAAUUCAGGGAGGGAGGCUGAUUGCAGGCAGCCCAGAGAAACCGUUCCAAGGAGAGCUACAGAUUGUUUUGAUGGGAGACCAUUCAACCCCCGAGUGGCCUUUAAGAAAUGGGCCCAAUCAAGGUUCGAAGGUGCUGGGUGUGUUUGGAGGACUGGAUCUGCACGGUAUUCCCCAUUUGGUCUAUAAAACCAAACUAGGCUCAACAGCACAUGCCGGCUCCCUCAACAUAACUCUGGUUGAAGCCGUCGAUUGGCAGGAAGGAGAUGAGAUUCUUGUGUCAACAACGAGCUAUAAUUACACACAGACAGAAAUCAGAACGAUCCACUAUAUCUCCUUUGAUAGAAAGACAUUGGGCUUGAACGAAGCACUAUCGUACACACACAUCGCGGAAACACAGGAAUUGAAGGGAAGAGGCCAGAGUUACACUAUGGCAGCAGAUAUUGGCCUGCUCAGCAGAAACAUCAAGAUCAUUGGCCAUCAUCGCCCUGACAAGGCAGAUGAAUUGUUUGGAGCACGAGUCUUGAUCAGUUCCUUCUUUCAUAACGGGCUGGAGUUCAAAGGUCAUGCCAGAAUACAGGAUGUUGAAUUUUAUCACAGUGGACAGUAUGGUUACUUAAAUUACUUUGGCUCACGAUAUUCUGUGUCUUUCCUCAAUCUUGGAGAGGUUUAAAAUGAUUCCUACAUUCGUGGAUGUGCUUUCCACCAUGGAUUUGCUCCUGCGAUAGGAGUCUUUGGAACAAGUGGCCUUAAUAUUGAUGAUAAUGUCAUAUUCAAAACUUAUGAUGGAGGUAUCACAUUAACGGGUGACAGGAAUCGGGCGAGGAGGAAUUUAUUGGCUCUCACCUUGUGGUCUUCACUUUCCAAUAUUUGGACUGCAGCAAUUGAGGUAAUUGAAGGCUCUGAUGUUGUGCUUCAAGGAAACAUUGUUGCAGGAUUUGAGAAGGCUGGUUAUCGAAUCAAUGGGGUACCAUGUCCAGAGCAAUCAAAUUCCACUGAGGCCUGGUUUAAUAAUGAGGUCCAUGGUGGAGAAUGUGGUAUUUACAUGAACAGAGAUGGCUUUGCCACUUGCAGCCUUAUCCACGGAUUCACGAUCUGGAAAUGCUGGGAAUAUGGAAUAUACUUCCAGACAAAGGGAUCAGUGCAAGUAUCCGAAGUGACUCUGAUGGAGAAUAAAUUGAGUAUUUUCUCAAUGAUUUAUGCAUCCUCAGCAUCUGAACUUAAGAUAUCGAACAAGAGCAUUCUUAUUAGUAAUGCCUUACUGGUAGGAAUUAGCCCCAUCUUCAACUGCUCGGAUUUACAACCUGAUGAUUCUAUUCCGAGCCACAAAAAGGGUAAGCAGAAUUUUAGAAAAGCUUCAGUGGACAGGAAUGGAAUAUACUGGCCAACGUUUGCCUCUACUAGUAACAAUGCACCGAAUAAUCCACACGAUAGCUUGACAUCUGACCCUGCAAUCAGUGGACAAAUGAUCAUAGAGAAUACAACUUUUGUUGGAUUCAAGGGCACAUGUUCCAACAAAUUGAAUGUUAUGUUUAUCACUAAUCCAAGGAAUGUGGAUUUUCAGCAUCCCAUUCUCGUGAAGGGAAUCACUAUUGUGGACAGUGAGGAGCGAGGCAAAGUCUUCAUACACAGACCUAAUGUGGCGAAAGUAAACCCUGCGGACUGCGUGGACAUGGUCUGUGAUGCCAAGAAGAAGACACUGCUGAAAGAUCUUGAUGGCUCAUUCCUGGGGGCAGUUGGAGCAGUUGUCCCUCAGUCAGAAUAUCAAUGGGAUGGUGACCGCCGCUACGGGACUGGGGAUUAUCGAAUUCCAAAAACCAUGUUGACAUAUUUAAAUGGCAGCCGUAUACCAAUCUCUCAGAUUGCACCACACAAAGGGGUUAUUCGAGAUUCCACUUGUACCUACAUGCCUGACUGGCAAAGCUACAAAUGCUUUGGGCUAAACUAUGAAAUACUGGUUAUUGAAAGCCUGGAUCCUGAUUCAGAGACCAGGCGGUUGUCCCCAGUAGCUCUGCUUUCAGAGGGUUACGUUGACCUUAUUAAUGGCCCCAAGAAUCAUGCCUGUUCUUCUUCCUAUAUUUGCAACAAGAGAGUCUCAAUCUUCUACACAGUCGUGGCAACAAAUAAGUCAUACGAGUUAUAUUUCACCGGCGUUAGCCCUCAGAACCUACGCCUAAUGCUUCUCAAUACGGAUGACAGCAAAGUUAUACGUUUGGCAAUAUAUUACUCCACAUCUCAACGACUGGAAGUGUAUGUGAAUAAUACCUUCGUACCCCCUACUAAUGCAAAAUGGAAUGCUGACAAAACUGACUUCACACUAAAGGGCCCAACCUAUGCAGGAGAAUUCACUCCCAAGUUGGACUCCUCUGUCAUUGGAGAAAAUUACUUUGACAGAACCUAUCAGAUGCUUAAUGUUCUGGUGAAAGGAUCAACUCCAAUUGAGGUCCAUACAACUCCUGUCCUUCACAUCUCCUUUAAUCUACCUGCAAUGACAGUGGAUGAAUUUUAUGGCCCCAAUCUAGUAGAAAAUCUCGCCCUGUUCCUAAAUGUACCUCAAAGAAAGAUCCGCAUUACUACCAUUGUGCGUGAGACAGGGCUGCGCAGGAAGCGUGCUACAGGGAUCACAGUUGAACUGGAAAUCGGAGACCCGCCAUGAGAGUUCGUCUCCACAGGAACUACAGGCAAACUGAAGUUCUCUGAUCUGGAGGAAAUAGCCAGCAAUCUUGGUGAGGCCAUGCUCACUGGAAAGCUGAGUGCUUCCCUGGACUUUACAAUCUCUACAAUGGAUCUUUCCAGUCCAGUGCCACCUCCAGGUGAUGCAGAGUGGGCUCAGACGACUUCAAACCCAGUGCUGAGCAGAACAGCGAGAACUAACUACAUGGCUACUGUGACUGGUCUCGUUGUGGUCAGACAACCAGUUGCUGGACAAACCGGGCAACUGUUGACUCAACAGCCCAGCGUGAAGGCGGUGGAUGAUGCUGGUAACUGUGUGUCAGUGGGUGUUACCUCAUGGGAGUUGGUUGCUGUUCUCCUGAAUUCUCAGAAUGUGACUGUUACUGGACUUAAUGGGACAACGAGUAUCUUAUUCAAAGGUUGUUGGGCAAAUUACACUGACCUCUCCAUCAACACAAAUGGUACCAGCUACAAACUCGUGUUCGAACUGAGGUCGAUUAAAACUUAUUCUGGCACCUUCUCUGUGAAACAAAUAAAUGACAACCCUGGGAAACCCUCAGGCCCCAGCCCAUCCUUGCCUCUCGGUAAUUCACAGGGCAUCAUUUGUGGCUCCAUUGUGGGAGGCCUUGUGCUCAUCCUCCUCAUUGCUGGCAUAACCUGGAAAUUAACAGCUGGCAACACGAGGAAGAUUCAGGUGUCUAGCGUGCCUGAGACACAAGAGAAGAAACAAGUCGAUGCAGUUACUGGUCAUAAACCAGACCAUAGCCUCCCACCAGUGCAAAGCUGA